UGCUAAUUAAUUCAGAUGACACAUAUGGUGAUAUCAGCCCAGCUAUUUAAUCCGACAACCGAGCUUUGCAAGUCAGUUAGCUAACGUUCUGCGUUUGUGAUGGCUGCAACAAAUACUGCUUGGGUUUUCUCCCAAUCUCUUCAUUCUGAGUCGCUCCCCGACUUUCAAGGUGAACUACUGGCAGCUUUCAAGACUGCAGGAGAUGGAGUUUCCAGCACGUUCUUUGGAGCUCAUGUGCAAGGUUUUUCUGUGGAUGGCGAUGUAAGUGAUUACUCGUCUGAUCUCAAUCUUCUUGCUGCACCUUCCAUGGCCCAUCUGGUCGGUCUUGUUACCUCUCCGGAUUUUGCAACGUCGAUUGACCAACAACAGGCUUCUCAGCUCAUCCACGACUGGUUUGAGACAAAAGGCACUAGAAUAGUUAGCAGCAUGGCUGCUAAUGCAAUCGUGCAGAAGUUUGACGAUUGGCUGCAGAAUGGACACCAGUUCAAUACCGGUGACCUACAAAUGUUGCUCUUGGAUGCAAGUGGUUCAUUCAUCAAGAGCAAUGAAGUGCAUGAAUCUUUGUGCAGCAACCCGUUGGCUGUCCAAAGUUUGGUUGUGAUUGCAAAUGCCAAACUUGGAGAAAGUGUGAUGAAUGAGGUGAGAGAAGCAUGGCAAAAGCUUGACCCCAUACACUUUGAAACGGCUUUCCAGAUUGCUGAUGGUGGCUAUGCUCUGUCUGAUACAAGCAAGUUCACAGACAGACUGCAUUCCCUCUAUUACAACACAGUCGUGGGCAAGUGUAAGACCGAGAGGCUCCACACUGUCCCAUUGAUCUCUCAAGCUGACAAUGGCUGCCCCUCUGAAACCAUUACUACCAUCUACGGCUCUGAAGUGGAACGCUGGCUCGAGUCGAAGAAGCAAGGGUCACUCAAUUCUGUUUAUAUCCAGCCUCCCAACAACGUGAGCAAGGAAACAAAAAAGGUACACCCCUGUACAGGAUGUUUCCUCGCUGGUACGAACGUCCUGACUAUGAGUCGAGAUGGCAAAAGAGUGGAGCACAUUCCAAUAGAACAGAUCAAAGAAGGGGAUCUCGUUAUUUCUCACAAUGGCGCCCUCUCUGUUGUGUCUGAUGAGCCAGUUGGUCGUAAGCUUGGUGACAAUGUCACCAUGUAUGGCAUUAAAAGCCAAAAUGGUAAGGUCAAUUUCUGUCCAUUCUUUUCUGAAUCUCAUCCGUUUUGGACAGUUGAGGGAGGCUGGUGUGCUGUAAACCCUCACCAAGCCAACUCGAAGAACGGAUGGCUACAGACCAAAAAGUUAGGUGUUGGCUCUACUCUGUUUCAAGUACAAUGUACACGUGUGAAGAAACACAAACCCUACAAGGUCAAAGUCAUCUACAACCAAGUUUCCAUUUCUGAGUUGACCAAACGUGUUGUUCGUAAGCCAAUUGUUUAUGAUCUGCAUUUUCGUGAAGGUGCACGUUCCUACCAUGCCAAUGGGUUAGUGGUGGGCCUCAACUACCCUGAACUGACAGCAACACGAUUGAAGCAUCAUCUAGCUGGCACAUCCCACAUGAAGCAAAGUCAGAGAAAGCAAUUACACUCUGCUAUCAACGACCUUUCCUCUGGAUUAAGCCAUGCUGUAGGAUAUGAUUGGCCAAAACAUAACAUUGGAAGUGCAUUGUCUCGAUCUAAACGAACUGGGACACACCGAAACAAGCACUUCUAUCGCAAUCAUGUCUCUCUGUUUCAAUCGUAUCACACUAGCAACUUGACCUACAAGCUUUACAAGCAUGAUCGCAAUCGGCAUGUGACAACCCACACUCACCUAAGGGCAGGCAAGCAUCGUGAGGUGCCACCUGAGUGUGGGAAACUUCAAUUUGUAGGCGGUAAAGUCAUACUCAAUGGCCAAGUUUCUCACAAGGUUCAUUUCACUGACAAUGGUCAUGUGGUAGCUCGUAUGUCACCAACAGUGCUCUACACACGUUUGCAUCCGACAGGACUUGGAGGAGUUGCAGUGAAAGCCACAGUCUCUGAAGAUGGAUCUCAAGUGGAAGAAGUUCAAGAGAGUUAUUCGAUUGGCGCUGAAAACAGCUACGAUACAAAAUAUUUGAAAGACAACAACUGGACCAGCUGGUUUCAAGUUAACACUGGACUGAAAAAUGGCGUUGCUGUUGCUUUUCUGAGUGAUCCAAGUGAGUCGUCAACAAGCACAACUAACCAAUACUUAGCGAAGAUUGGAGCCGUUACUGUGGUGAAUGGACAGCUGGAAGUGCAACUUGACUUUGGGCAGUCUUCAUUCAUAUUUGGUUGGCACAGUGGUGAAGCUACUAUUUCUGACGAUUUCAGUUCAUUGAGUGGCACUCUGUAUGAGUAUGACUCAUCAGCAGACAAUGGGAAAGGUGCAUCACACGAAUGGAUAGGAACCAUCACUACAACUGAUGAUGAAACAACUGAUGGCCAAGCAACUGAUGACCAAGCAACUGUAGUGGCUUCUCCUAUGGUUAUGGCUGUAGCUCCCCUUGCAGAAUCAGAUGUUGCUGAUGGUAGUUCUUCUCUGUCUGCUGAUGACAGUGUUUCUUCUGAGCCACUAACAUCUGCAGCCAAUCCUACAUGGGCUACUGAAUCUAUGACUAUGCUUGCAAGCUCAGUUCCAAUGAGUGUGUCUGAACUGGCAUCAUUGGCUGCUCCAGAUACUAGCGAAGUAAACACGCUCUCCUUUGACAAGUUGACAAACAUGAUGAAAGCAACCGUUGACUCUGGCACUCUCAAGACCUUGUUAGAUGAAACCCCUCCUGUAUUGAGUGGCGAUGAACAAGCUAUUAUUGAUGAUGAAACAAAUGGCACAAAAGCAAGAAAAUUUCUUGUUGACAAGUUUUUCCCAGCAUAUGCUGUGCAGGCAUUGAGUGGUUCGUCUGAACUGGAGUCAGACUUUGAUGGUGUUUCUGGUGGUGUUACAGUCACAAAGGAAAAACUCACUUACUUUUGGCAAGGAGCCGGUAGUACUGAAGAUGUAGUGACAGACAACCAAAGCAUAGCAGAUAACGUUUUGUCGCAAGACUCGGGAUAUGAUUUCGUAAACAAUGGAGUUGCUCGUCUUGCAUAUGCAGAGUCAAUGACUUCUCUCUCACCCUACUUGGAGGACAAUCCUAGUCAGUGGGCAAGUGACCUGCACGACUAUGUCACUGCCACAGACUAUGUCAAUGGUUUGGCAGUUUUGACAUCUGCUUCUGACAACAGCAAGCUGAACAACCUUUGCAUGAUUCUCUACUCUUUGGCUCCAACAGAAACUUACGCUACAGAUCUGUGUUCCAGAGUUUUGCAAGCUCAAAGCAAUAGUUUACGUGAGCAUUAUGCUUCUGAUGAUCUUCUGGAGACCUUUAUUCCUGCCGUUAUUGAAAAGAUGGUCAAUCUUAUUAACGAAGACGAUGGGUCUUUGAAGUUGUCAACAGAUAUCAAGUCCGAGAUUAUUCAGCAGACAGAAGAUGCUAUGGUUGAAGCCAAUGUGGAGACGGUACAAGCUCUUGUUAGUAAAUUUGAAAGUAUGUGGGAAGAAUGUGGUGUUUACAUGUCGGCAAAUCGUGAUCAGCCUGUGUGGCAGCGGCUUUCCCUAUGGUGGGCAAAGACUACUGAAGAAUACCCUAUAACAUCUGCAAUUGGCAAGUGGAGUGUAAAUUUGUUCGGUCACGCUGUGUGGAUAGCUGCGAUUGGUUUCUCUAUUGUGGCCCUGGUUGUCCUAGUAAAGGACUGGAGUGCCUUACGUACAGAUGAGAAAGUUGCAAUAAUUUCUGAGGGCUCUGCCGUACUGUCAGAUGUAAUUGCAAAGACAGGAAAGGCUUGGACAAAUAUAAAGGAUUUUUUCAAUUCUGAUGACAUGUUCACACUUGAAGAUGCAUUUGAAGCCGAAGACGUUCAGCAGCUGUGGGGUGGUUAUCUGGAUGAUGUAGCAACAAGGUACAACUCAGAAUUACAAAUUAUUGAACUUCAGUUUCCAGGAACCGGUGCAGCAGGCGCAGUAGCUGCUGAAGAUAUUCAAGCCACUCGAAUUUGGCAAAACUUCACAUUUGCAGAGAAGGUGGCUCGCGUGACAAACAUUGUAGCCAUGAGUGCAGCUGUCGUCUCAAUGGGAUUCCAAGUCUACGAAGAUUUCAAGAACAAUCAGUCAUCUGCUGUCAAGACUCUAGAUAUUAUCAACAUUGUUGCGGCUGGCAUUGGACUUGGAGCUGAGGCUAUUGCCCUUGCUGGUGAGCUUGGCGUUAUAACUUUGACUGAAUUUGUAGCUGGAGCUGUCAUUCCAAUCGUUGGAGUAGUUGUUGCUAUUGUUGGCAUAAUUGUUACAAUUGUCCUCCUGCUGGAAGGCAAGAAAUCUGAACAAAAGGACACCCCGAUUGACACAUGGGUGAAGAGCACUGGCGUGUCAUUUAUCAAGACGAUUCCGACUCCAACAACUGAAUGGCAGAAUGAUCAUUCAAGUUAGAAAACGGAUGACGAAAGUGGACAUAGAGACUAUGGUUUACACAGCAAGAACAAGAGCAAGUUGAUGUUGUUUUAGAUUAUGCCAAAGAAGCGUGUCUGUUCUAGGUUGUUUCUGUUUGCACUGCAUGUUGCUAGAGUUGGAUUUAUGGCGUUUAUGUCAAAAUGGAUUGAAAGAGACAGUAUCACAUGUCAUAGUUUUUAUGCACUUUUUGGUAGCUUGUUCUAUGAAAUGACAGUAUCAAAUGUAA